AUGGGACCGCCAGCAAAAUGCUCGAGCCUAGGACAUGGCAUACACUCGUUCUGGAAUGAACUAGUUCAACCUCAUGGAAAAUUCUACCUCCUCCCGCGUUCCAAACUUCUGAGAGAGUUUGCUCCUGACUCAAAGGAAGCGUGCUUGGUUGACUGGCAACUUCCUGUUGGAUUGGCAUUUCGGCAGAAGAACAUCUGGAAAUAUCAAUAA